AUGCUCUACUUGCUAAUAUCUAAUCUUCUUUGCUUUAUAUGGCCAUUAUUUUUAACACUUAAACUGUUGAACGGAGAGUAUCGCAAGAAGCAUACCAUAGAUAACAAAAAUAGUGACCAAGUUAAAUUUUUACUCAAUUAUUGGAUAUGUUUUAUUGUUGUGGAUCAUAUAGAAAAACUGGUGUUAUAUAGUGGUAUAUUUUGGCCUUGUUUUGGAUUCGGUUUCUUUCCAGAACUUUUUUCUUGCUCGAUUAAGCUUUGGUUAUUUUACAAUCAUGGAUGCUUGGUAGUAAACUAUUGUUAUCUAAACGAUUUUUUGAGGAAAAUUACCUGUGAAUUAGAAGCCGUUGACCCCUUGGAAGUUUUGGAGCUGAAUUUGGUAAACCCGGUGAUGAAAACUUUAUUGACAGAAAAUCAUCUUGUUCCCUUGAAAUUGCUAUCAAGUAUGAAGAGCGGGACCAUAAGCUGGAACGUUGGUCGAAUAGUUAAAUUUUGCCAGUGCUUCAUUAAGUCUGCUGAUCAACCUUUCUUGCAGUUUUCACUAGAUUAUUUUUGUUAUAUGGAUUCUAAGCAGGAUCUAGAAAAACACUUCGAGAUAACAAAAAACUUCCUUGCUUCAGUAAUAUCCUUUCUUCAAUACCAACUCAUUCGAUUGAACAUACAAGGGGAGGAAUCCUUACCACAAAUAAUACAGUUACUAUUAUUACCAAAUAUUCAAGAAACUGUUCCGUUGCACCAUACUCCGAAAUUCGAAUCACAUAAUGAUAGAAUCGAACCAGUUCAUAUGGAACUGAUGGGUACGGAAGCUAACGAAACUUUCCAGCCAAGGCUGGACUAUAAGUCAAAAUGCAGUAGCGCAGACAAAAACUAUUCAAUCAAUAAUAAAUUGGCACCGAGAUAUCUUGGGCGUUAUCAGCUCACUACUGAUACUAAGCGAAAGCUGCCAAGGACAAGCUCUAGACAUAAAUAUCUCGAUAAUGCCAUAUCUGAAUAUGUACCAACAACAAUUUCUAAUCCUUUUCAAUUUAGGAAGUUUAAGUAG